AUGGCGAUUGGGAAAAAAUGUAGGUCGAGAGCAAAUGGGGAGUACGGUAUGGGGCUAGUGAGAAGCUCGUCGUUCGGGAGAAAAAGAGUUGCCCUUUCGAAUGUUGUUGUCGGCGGCUCGGAUUUUCAGAGCGGCGAUUUUGCGGCCACGUCGCCGUCGAAACGACGGUGCCCCGAUCAAGAUUCAGUCUUUUCAGAAGAACAAUCUGUGCUCGAGAAUUUGCCUCAAGAAAUUCUGAUCAAGGUACUCUGUGGUGUGGAGCAUGAUGACUUGAAGAGGCUGUUCUUCGUUUCUAAAGCAAUUAGAGAAGCUACGAUGAUUGCCAAGCAGCACCAUUUUGCCUACAGCACUCCAAGAAAGCUGUUUGGGUUUCAAUACAACGGGUAUUUCGGUGAUUUUGACGAGGCCGAGGCCCCGAAUGCCCCGAAGCAAUCUAGGGUUCCACGGCAUAGGUUAACCGCAAAGAAAUUAUCCGAGAUUUCGGUUAAACUAUUUGCUUCCGGUGAAGAUGAUGACGACGAUGCGUGUUUUUUGCCGAGGCGGAAUUUAUGUUUCGAAAUGGAGAUUGGCAGCUGA